UCAGUGGAAAAAAGAAGUCUGGCCUUCAAAACCGGAGGCAUUUUAAGAAAUGCAGUUCAUUUUCACUUUGUUAUGAGGGGGAAGAUCCUGAAAACAGAAAAGGAAGGAUUAUAUAAAGAGUUUUGAUCAAGAGUUUUUGAUGCAAUUGAAAUGGGUUUUACCACCUCUGUUGCAGUUGGAAUUACCAUCUUUGCAGUGUUUGUAGUCACUAUCAUUCUGUGCUUCACAUGUUCAUGCUGCUGUUUGUAUAAAAUAUGUCGCAGACCACGACCUGUUGUGACCACCACAACUGCUACCACAGUGAUCCAUGCCCCUUAUCCCCAGCAACCAGGAAUAUCGCCAGGUUACCCAGCAGUACCAUAUCAAGGAUAUCACCCUGUACCAAUACAGCCACAACCUGGAAUGCCGGCAGCACCUUAUCCAACACAGUAUCCUCCACCUUAUCCAAUGCAGCCAUCAGGUCCACCAGCUUACCACGAGACAGUGGCAGCUGGUGCUGGAGCACCCUACCCCGUCAGUCAGCCCCCUUACAAUCCUGCUUAUGUGGAUCUUCAAAAGCCUACCUACUGAAUGGAUCUGCUCUUAUGUACCUGCUUGCAAAACUUCCUCUUUUUUUAAAUCUAAUUUGUGCUGUCUGUGGCAUACAGCUAUAGCAAAUUUUGGUAACAUUCAGCAGCAGCCCUUUGUCUUACUAAAGAGGCUAUCUAAAUCUAUACCUGUUUUUUAAAACUAUAUCAAAUGCAGCAAGAAAGCAAUCCUCACUUGAAGUUAUUCGUUUAUACCUCAAGAAAAAACAACAGAACUUGUUCAAAAUUUAGAAAAGCAGGAAGGAGUACUUCAACCAUGAGAACCACAAUGAUGUUUGUUGUGCAAUAAUUUUUAAGUAUGUUAGAAGGGGCUACUCAAAAAUAAGAUAAUUAGUAGUGAGCAAUCAGAGCUUUAUCAUUAUUUGCAUCCUAUUACAAUAAGUGAAUUUUAAUGAAGUUUCCUGGCUGUUAAGCAAUCUGCCUGUUUUCAAGUUACUACACUUAAGUAAAAGGAGGAGAAUUUAUUUUUCUGGAAUAUAGUUGGCACAACAUGGCAUAAUGGAACAUGGGCUGAUCAAUUCCUUGUUUUCCUUUCCAUUUUUAAAGUUUAAAGCAUGAAAACUUAGUAGGUGACUGUUCACUCCAUUUGUUUAAUUCAUUGAUCUCCCUAGUCAAAAAAAAAAAACCUCUAUAGAAUAAAAUAAGCAUAUCGGAAGCUGAAAAUCUACAGAUGCUGCAUGAGAAUAAUUAGAUGGGAAUUUAUUUGCUUUACCACUGCAGUUUAUGAUCUUCAGCUGCUACUGGAAAAAAAUUCACUAUGACCAAAUGAUACAUUUGACCUGUAAAGGAGCACAGUGCAUUUCUUUAAUCUAUCUUUAACAAGAUCAGCCAGAGGCAAUAUUAAGUCCUGCUCAUUUACAUGGGAAAUAAUUAAAUUUAUAAGAUAUAGGAAGAUGCAUCUCUCUUGCCAGAAGUCAAGACACAGACUUUACGUCUUCAUUCUUCCCUACAGUUAAGAUAAACUAUUCUAGAAGGAAGAUGCAUCUUUCGUUAAAAAUAAAUUUUGAGUUGAAACAUAAUAGUGGAGAAACAAGAAAUCUCAACUGGCUGUAUAGGAGAUUAAAUGGACAGCAAAAUUAAUUGACUGUUGAAUCAGAAUUUGGAUAAUUAAAAGGUGACAGGAUUUGGCCCUAAAAUUGCAAGAUUUGAUAUAACUGGCAGUUGCACAUGUCUAGGGAAAGGACUGGAAUUUUUUUUGUUAAAAUAUCUGUAUGAACCACCAAAUUUGACUAGGGACUACAAUACUUUUCAUUUCUCUACAGCCAAAUAUAGUACUGACCUUUCUGCUUUAAAUGUACUCCAUAACUAAAUUUUAAAAACUUUACACAACCAUUGAAAUAAGACAUAUUGUUCCUCAGUGAAGCUAUCGGUUAAAUAUUAUUUUAAUCAGCGUACUGUAACUAGUGACAUAUUUCAGAAAUGUUGCUCUCAUUCUGGUUUCACUUGUCCAGAGGUUUACAAGCCACUUCUUUUGGGGUCUUAUAUUUAGAAUGUUAAAAAAAUUGUUUGUAAAGAAUUUAUUCUUUCACUAAUAGCAGUAUUUGCCUCGCAUCUCUGUAGAGGGUUAUCAUAAUGGAAACUGUCACUGUCCAGAACAGCUUUUUUUUUUAGAUGACAAUUUCUAUUACCGCUGUCUGAAACUAAAAUGCAGUCAAGUCUGUUUCUGGUGGUUUUUUUAUGUAGCUGCCCAUGUCCUCAUGCUAUAUCAUGAGGCUCUGUGCACCUUUCUUGUUGCACAGGACCACAGAGAGCAAGUGUUGAGUAAAAAAAAAAAAAAAUAAUGUGCCAAGAAAAAUUCACAGAGCAGAAAUGGGGUACACUAGGCAUGAUGCUUUCUCUUUACCCUGCAACCAGGAGAUUCUGUAGCGCUUGACUGCAAAUACUGUUCUCUUAGGGUUAUGUGGGAACACCUGAUAAGGAGACAGUUCCUACUGAACAUGGAUAUACCUCCCUAGAAAUCCUGCACAUUUUAGAGCAGAAACCAUUACAGAAUAAUUCUGCAAUAUUUCUAAUUCAUUCAGUGUGGCUUCUAGCCAUUCACAAUAGGAGUGGCUUAGGAGUCCACACACAGCAGGGGGGACUCAGACCAUUAAAGCAACGAGAUUGGACAACUGCCAAGAUAGAAUCUAACCAGAAAGGUGCAGCCACUCAACGUGGAUGCCCUGAUUUCAGAGUUGGACUAGAAGUUUUUGUAAUUGAAUGGCUCAAUAUGAUUACAAGGCUGUGGCUCUGCACUUGUGACUCUUCCUAUACUCAGAGUGAUGAUAACACUUCUUUUUGUAGUAUCAUCAGGGUAAUGCAUUUUGACAUAAAUCCUCCUCUUGCAGGCUCAAGGGGAGAGCUUGGCCUAAGAUGCAGGCAUGCAUCCUUCCUCUGUAACCUACAGAUCUUAGCUCUGAGAAACAGGUCCAUAUAAUGACAAUGGAGAAGGAAAGUUAAUAUCAAAACCUGUUUUCGUUUCAGAGUAGAUGUGGGCCAAAUAACAUAUGCUGGAUGUUCAAAGAGGUGGCUGAGGGACAUGCCAUCUUAUAAGGACAGUUCCGUCACUUGGUUAGGAAUGGGAUAAGUCAGGCUGUAAGGGAGUCAAACAAAGGUCUGCAGGCUACAUCCAGCCCAUGGAACCACAUGAACCUGUGGCAUGCAGAGCCACUCCAGUGGGCAAGCUGGACCCAGUUCCAUGUGCACUGCUUGCAGCACAGGGGGUGCGAGCUGUAUGCAGUGCCCACUCCAGAGCUGGUCUGGAUCAGGCUAUGCCAGAGCCAUUGCUCAGAGCAGUCCAGCAGGACCACAUGCAGCACGUGCUCCAAGCCAGCCCCAUGCUGCAAGCAGAGCCUGUGGUGCCAGACCCUGCCCAUGAGCCAACUGCACCACACACUGCCCCCACUCUGGGACUUGUGCUACCUGCAGCAUUUGGGUUGGACUUGGUGCUGCAAAGCCCAUGGCCCAGGGAGCCAACAUGGGGCAUGGGUUGCAUGCAGCGCCCCAUAGGACAUCCCUGUGUGAUGGCCCUGGUGCACACAUAUGGCCUGCAGCCCAAUCUUGACCAGUUCUCAGAGCCAAUGCUUUAGGCCAGUCUGGCGCAGCCCUGCAUACACUAUACUAGCCCCCUGGGCCAUAGGCAGUGCUUGUGGCACUGGUUUAGCAUGUAUACCACCUGCAGCACAAGCCCCAGAGCAGGGCUGGCACACACUUCCUGUGGCACCAGGGGCUAGCAUGAGCAGUGCGCUGCAUGUGGCACCCCACAGGACUGCCUCUGCCCACUGGCUGUGGUGCAGCUGGAUCCAGCUUACAGACAGAGAUCCAGCUUACAGCUUCAGAGAUCCUUAAGCUGGAUGAGUUUGACACCUCUGCCUUCCUGUGCGCAUAUUAGUGGAAGCUAUGUUUGUAAUGACAGAAGGUUUACUUAAUAUAUUAGCUGCUGGUCUUGGAAAGGUGAAGGACAAAAUGGGUGCACAUCUGUAUGUUUUCCACUUAGCCGAAUCUUUCUUGUCAGUAGCAUAUAAUAAAGAUGUCAUUAGCAGACUUAUAAAACAGGACCAAAUUUUGUUGUUAUUCCUAUGCAAUUCUAGCAAAAUCUGUUUUCAUGUAUAGCAAAGUUAAACUGGCAUAGGAAGUCUUAUUUUAUGUAUUUAUACAUGUUAUGUACUGAAUCUAUCAGCCAACACAGCUUAUGCAAUGUCAAACUAAAUACUGUUUGUGGCGUUAGAAAAUUGGAAGAUUGGUUUAAGGUUCAAAAUGUUGUAGAAAUUAAUGGUUUUUUAAUUCUGUAAGUGCCUUUAUUUUAGAAAUGUCUACUCAAUUAAGUGUAGUGACUAUUCUAUGUUGUAUUAUAUUUACCUGGUAAUCCUGGUCUCUCUCACUUACUAUAACCUUGCUUUGUAAAUUGUUUGUAUUUGAACUUGACAAGUUUCCAAAAAAACCAAACAAACCAGGCAUAUAGUCUGUGUACCUCUUUGUAAUAAAUGCAAAUGUAUGAAGUAUACUGUAUCAAUUUUACCUUCAUAAAAUGCAUUUUAAAAUUUAAUUAGAAA